AUAACACUAAAUUGUGGCACCCCAGGACCGGGCCAUCUCCCGAAAAUAUCUUACCCUUAUCUUUUAUUUCAUCUCUCGGUCAAAUGCAAGCCCAAGAAUCUCUCUUUCCGUAAGAAUGGCUCUUGCAAAUAUUACACUCUCGCAGGCAGCAGCAGCUUCCCUACAACUCUCGUCUUCCCUUUUCCAUGGUGAAGGGAUACUCUCAGCAUCAUCCACGCUUCUUAUGGGUUCACCGCUCGGUUCACGCAAUUCUUCUUCUCCGUCCAGUCCAAAAGUAACGAAGAGGCUGCUUCUUGUUCAUUCGAAGAGGAUAUCGGGCUUGGAGGAGGCCAUCAGAAUAAGAAGGGAGCGUGAGCUUCGAACUUCACCAACGUCUAAAAGAAUGCCUCCUUUAAGGCGCGGAAAGGUAUCACAACGACUUCCUGUGCCUGAUCAUAUUCCAAAGCCACCUUAUGUUAGUUCAAAAUUGUUGCCAGAAAUUUCAAGUGAACAUCAAAUUCAUGAUUCUGAAGGACUUGCUCGCAUGAGGGCUGCGUGUGAGCUUGCUGCUCGGGUGGUGGACUAUGCAGGAACUUUAGUUAGGCCAUCAGUAACAACAAAUGAAAUAGAUAAAGCUGUGCAUCAAAUGAUCAUUGAUGCUGGUGCUUACCCUUCUCCGUUAGGGUAUGGGGGCUUUCCGAAGAGUGUAUGCACAUCUGUUAAUGAGUGUAUGUGCCACGGAAUACCUGAUUCACGCCAGCUACAGGAUGGUGAUAUAAUAAACAUUGACGUGACAGUCUACUUAAAUGGUUAUCAUGGAGAUACAUCAAAGACUUUUCUUUGUGGCAAUGUAAAUAGGGCAAUGCAACGGCUUGUAAAGGUGACAGAAGAAUGCAUGUAUAAAGGCAUUGCUGUUUGCAAAGAUGGUGCUCUGUUCAGGAAAAUUGGAAAGAGGAUCAGUGAACAUGCUGAAAAAUUUGGCUUCGGCGUGGUGGACCGUUUUGUUGGACAUGGCAUUGGGACUAUUUUUCACUCUGAACCUCUCAUAUAUCAUCACCGUAAUGACAAGGCUGGUCACAUGGUUGAAGGGCAAACAUUUACAAUUGAACCUAUUCUUACAUUGGGAACCACGGAGUGCAUAACCUGGGAAGACAACUGGACUACUCUAACUGCGGAUGGCAGCCCUGCCGCACAGUUUGAGCAUACAAUUCUCAUAACGAAAACAGGUGCUGAGAUUUUGACAAAAUAUUGAAAGGUUAUAAUAUAAAAGAUUUCGGGAUUGUCUAUGAUAUCUGAAAUAACAAUGGGCGGCAUACACUUGGGUAUUUGUUCUGUGGGAUUGGUCUUCUGAACUAUCCAAAGGGUGAGAGAAUUUAUCUGUAGCCGGGCCAACAAGAAGACCCAAGAACCUGAACAAUUAGUAAAGCUCAAUAUCACUUGAACACAUACGACACCACCUUUUUUGGUAUUUCGAUCCCAAGGAAUUAUAUUGAGCAGGGGAACGUUAUUUCAGAAUAUGAAUUUCUAUGAUGCCGGCUGGAGAAUUCCAUGACCCUUUUGUGCUAUAUCUAUCAAUAAACUGAUAAAUUAAUGUAAACACUUGGACUCAAUCAUUAAACUCAUAAUACAAUAAAUUAAUAUUACAAUAAA